AUGGAUCAUUCAGAUGCGAUAGAAGCAGAAGUGGAGCUGGAGGCAGAGGCAUUGGACAGGGAGUCAAGAGGCAAUGGAGAUGCCAGGAGGAGAAAGACAGCCAGAGCUGCAAAGGGAGAUAUCGAGAUACCAUCAUCGGACGACGGAGAGCAGGAGGCAGGCGAGUCGUCACCAUUGCUUGCUCGUGAUGAGGAAGACUACGAACCAGAGCAAUGGCAUGGCAUGGACGACUUUGCGAACGUGGCAUGGUACAGGCGGCCGAACAUCUUGUGGGUACUCGCGCCCUUCUUUCUGAUGGCGUGCGCGUUUGGAGGAGCCAUUACGCCCAAGAUCAAUCUUAUCCUGGAAUUGGUAUGUCAGCGAUACAUAUCCGAUCAACAGGCUCUCAAUCCAGGGUUCACGAUGGCACCCGUUGACUUCAACGGCGGAACGAAUGGCCAAUGCCGGAUCCCAGAAGUACAAGAGGCAGUCGCCAAAUUCACGCUCUUGGGAGGUCUGCUCCUCGGCGUCGUCUCCGCCGUCACGAGUCCAAAGCUGGGCGCGCUUUCAGAUCGUUAUGGACGGAAACCGAUUCUCGUCGUCACGAGCGUGGGCACCAUCUGCGGCGAAAUCAUCACCAUCCUCGCCGCCACCUACCCUGAGAGCUUCCCUGUCAACCUCCUCCUGGUAGGCUACGCCAUCGACGGCCUCACCGGCAGCUUCAUCGUCGCAAUGGCCAUCGCCAACGCCUACGCCACCGACUGCACACCCCCUGCCCACCGCAACGUCGCCUUCGGCUACUUUCACGGCGCCCUCUUCAGCGGCAUCGCAAUCGGACCCGUCGUCGCCGGCUAUAUCGUCAAGAAGACCGGGCAGAUCGUGAUAGUCUUCUACAUCCUGCUCGCCGUGCACCUAUUCUUCGUCCUCUUCAUCUCGCUCCUCGUCCCCGAAUCCCUGUCCAAGAAACGCCAGCUGGAAAACCGCGAAAGGCACGACCAAGACACGGCCCGCUACGGCGUCGCCAACGACUGGAGCUCCUCCCUCCGCAGCCUCAACAUCCUCACGCCACUCAAAGUCCUCUGGCCCACCGGCCCUGGCACGAGCGCCGCUUUACGAUGGAACCUCUUCACCCUCGCCGCGGUCGACACGAUCAUCUUCGGCGUCGCGAUGGGGAGUAUCAGCAUCAUCAUCAUUUACACCAACUACAUGUUCGGCUGGGAGUCUUUUGAAUCCGGACGUUUCAUGACGAUCGUCAACUCUUCACGCGUGAUAUGCUUAUUGCUCAUCCUCCCCGCCCUGACACGGUAUGUCCGCGGUCCUCCGGGGGCUGCCAAAACGCAGAAGAACCGCGGAUGCGAUAGCUUCGACCUCUUCGUCAUCCGCAUCUCCGUCUUCUUCGACACCCUCGGAUACGUGGGCUACACGCUCUCCAGAACCGGGCCGAUGAUGAUUCUCUCCGGUGCCACGGCGGCGAUAGGCGGCAUCGGGUCCCCGACGCUGCAGAGUUCCAUGACGAAGCAUGUCCCCGCCGACCAAACGGGCCAGCUCCUCGGAGCGUCGGGCCUCCUGCAUGCGUUGGCGCGGGUGGUGGCGCCGACGGUCUUUAGCGCGAUUUACGCGGGCACGGUCAAGACGUUCCCGCAGACGGUUUUUGUGUGUUUGGCGGCGACGUUUGGGGUGGCCUUUGGGGUUAGUUGGUUCUUGAGGACAGGGGUGUAUUUCGACGAAGAGAAAGCUGCGCAAGCGGCUGACGAACCUGCCGCUUCUGUGCAUACGAAUGAGGGCAGCGGACGAAUACCGAUUGUUUCGUCUGUGAUGGCGAUGUUUGGCGCUAUUGCGGCUUGGGUUGGCAUUUCUGGGGGUUCGUAG